GACAAGCUGCAGCAGGGAGGUGGGACGCAGACCAAGGACCGCGGCACAUCCACUGAUGCUCCCUGCAGACACAAACACACCUCUGGACACACCCACAGCUCCGCAGCAGGGACACGCUCCAAACUGCAGGAGAAGCCCACUGCAUCCCCGCCUCCCCAAAACUACACACCCGCACCUCUGGGCCCCUCAUGGAAGGGCGAGAGUGGGACACACAGAGAGAAUAUCCGCUAUCACACAGACGUACGCCUAGAACCCACUGAGGAGAUCUAUCUGACUCCCGUGCACCGUUCCGAGCAGGACCGCCCAUUCCUGUCCCAGCAGCCAGAGCACGGACGCAUGUCAAUCAGCUCUGACACCGAGGGCCCACCCCCUUACCAGCCUCUGACCGACCGGACCAACCCCUCCAUAUGUGAGGAGGACGAGGUGUAUGUGCCCCCUCCCUCCUACGCCUCCUGUGUGGAGGCUCUCCUCACCCCCCCCUCUACCGCCCCCCCCAGGGAACCCCCAGCCUUAGCCCUGAACCUCAGCCUGAGGGAAGGAGGAGCAGGGGCGGUGGUGAGGGCAGGGGUAGGGGUGGAGUAUGUAGAUGCCCAGGACGAGACAUUUGGGGGAGAGGGUGAGGCUGAGAAUGAGAGGGUAAGGGAUGUGGGAGGCAGGCAGUAUUUGGGACGUGGCGGCUGUGGUGCCCCCCCGAGGACUUUGAUGAGCUCGGAAGCGAGUGGUCUGUCUUACGACUCUGUGAAGUACACACUCGUUGUGGACGAGCACGCACAGCUCGAACUGGUGAGUCUGCAGCAGUGUUACCAAUGUUACAGCGACGACAGCGACUCUGCGACCGUCUACGACAAUUGUGUCUCGUCUCCGUACGAGUCGGCCAUCGGGGAGGAGUAUGAGGAGGAAGAGGAAGAAGAAGAUAAAGAGGAUGAGAGAGCGAGAGUGGAAUGGGUGAGGAGAGAAGCAACCGCCUGUCUGUCAGAGGACUCCACCCCAGAGGCGAACCUACACUUCUCUAAGAAGUUCCUCAACAUCUUCAUGAACAGACGGUCACGAUCGUCCAGUAGGUACCACCACUGAACCACAAGGACACCAUCUUUUGUUCAGACACUGCAGUUUCUUACAUUAGGCUUAAAGGGCAACUCCCUCACUUUUCAUUAUCUCCAGCACAAUACGAGUGUCAACAUAUGUGUCAACAUAUGUGAAAAUGGCGCAUUUCUAAGUUUUGUAGGAACAAAUAUAAAGUUCAUGUGUCACUGAUCUACACACAAUACCCCAUAAUGUCAAAGUGGAAUUUUGUUUGUAGAAAAUGUUGGAAUUAAUAAAAAAAUGUAAGCUGACAUGUCUUGAGUUAAUAAGUAUUCAACCCCUUUGUUAUGGCAAGCCUAAAUAAGUUCAGGAGUAAAACUGUGCUUACCAAAUCGCAUAAUAAAUUGCAUUGACACAUCCGUGUUCAAUCAUAGUGAUUAACAUUAUUUUUUAAUGACUACAGUGGCUUGCGAAAGUAUUCACUCCCCUUGGCAUUUUUCCUAUUUUGUUGCCUUACAACCUGGAAUUAAAAUUGAUUUUGUCGGUGUUUGUAUCAUUUGAUUUACACAACAAAACUAGAAAUAAGAAAAAAAAACUGAAAUCUUGAGCAUAUAUAACUAUUCACCCCCCCCCCCCCCCCCCAAAAGUCAAUACUUUGUAGAGCCACCUUUUGAAGCAAUUACAGCUGCAAGUCUCUUGGGGUAUGCCUCUAUAAGCUUGGCACAUCUAGCCACUGGGAUUUUUGCCCAUUCUUCAAGGCAAAACUGCUCCAGCUCCUUCAAGUUGGAUGGGUUCCGCUGGUGUACAGCAAUCUUUAUGUCAUACCACAGAUUCUCAAUAGUCUGGGCUUUGACUAGGCCAUUGCAGGACAUUUACAUGUUUCCCCUUAAACCACUCGAGUGUUGCUUUAGCAGUUUGCUUAGGGUCAUUGUCCUGCUGGAAGGUGAACCUCCGUCCCAGUCUCAAAUCUCUGGAAGACUGAAACAGGUUUCCCUCAAGAAAUUCCCUGUAUUUAGCGCCAUCCAUCAUUCCUUCAAUUCUGACCAGUUUCCCAGUCCCUGCCGAUGAAAAACACCCCCACAGCAUGAUGCUGCCACCACCAUGCUUCACUGUGGGGAUGGUGUUCUCGGGGUGAUGAGAAGUGUUGGGUUUGCGCCAGACAUAGCGUUAUCCUUGAUGGCCAAAAAGCUCAAUUUUUGUCUCAUCUGACCAGAGUACCUUCUUCCAUAUGUUUGGGGAGUCUCCCACAUGCCUUUUGGCGAACACCAAACGUGUUUGCUUAUUUUUUUCUUUAAGCAAUGGCUUUUUUCUGGCCACUCUUCCGUUAAGCUCAGCUCUGUGGAGUGUACGCCUUAAAGUGGUCCUAUGGACAGAUACUUCAAUCUCCGCUGUGGAGCUUUGCAGCUCCGUCAGGGUUAUCUUUAGUCUCUUUGUUGCCUUUCUGAUUAAUGCCCUCCUUGCCUGGUCCAUGACUUUUGGUGGGCGGCCCUCUUUUGGCAGGUUUGUUGUGGUACCAUAUUCUUUCCAUUUUUUAUAAUGGAUUUGAUGGUGCUUCGUGGGAUGUUCAAAGUUUCUGAUAUUUAUUUAUAACCCAACCCUGAUCUCUACUUCUCCACAACUUUGUCCCUGACCUGUUUGGAGAGCUCCUUGGUCAUCAUGGUGCCUCUUGCUUGGUGGUGCCCCUUGCUUAGUGGUGCUGCAGACUCUGGGGCCUUUCAGAACAGGUGUAUAUAUACUGAGAUCAUGUGACAGAUCAUGUGACACUUAGAUUAUAAUAUGCCAUUUAGCAGACGCUUUUAUCCAAAGCGACUUACAGUCAUGCGUGCAUACAGUUUUGUGUAUGGGUGGUCCCGGGGAUCGAACCCACUACCCUGGCGUUACAAGCGCUGUGCUUUACCCGAACACAGGUGGACUUUAUUUAACUAAUUAUGUGACUUCUGAAGGUAAUUAGUUGCACCAGAUCUUAUUUAGGGGCUUCAUAGCAAAGGGGGUGAACACAUAUGCACACACCACUUUUACAUUUAUUUUUUCAAAAUUUUUGAAACAAGUUAUUUUUUUAAUUUCACUUCACCAAUUUUGACUAUUUUGUGUAUGUCCAUUAUAUUAAAUCCAAAGAAAAUCAAUUUAAAUUACAGGUUGUAAUGCAACAAAAUAGGAAAAAUUCCAAGGGGGUUGAAUACUUUUGCAAGGCACUGUAUCUCAUCUCUGUACGCCACACAUAUCAUUAUCUGUAAGGUCCCUCAAUCGAGUAGUGAAUUUAAUAAUAAUAAUAACAAUAAUAAAUAAUUUAUUAAUAAUAAUAAUAAUAAUAAUAAUAAUAAUAAUAUAAUUAUAAUUAUUAUUAUAAUUUCAAGCACAGAUUCAACCACAAAGACCAGGGAGGUUUUUCAAUGCCUCGCAAAGAAGGACAUAGAUUGUUAGAUGUGUAAAAAAAGAAAAAACUGAUGCUGAAUAUUCCUUUGAGCAUGGUGAAGUUAUUAAUUUCACUUUGGAUGGUGUAUCAAUACAGCCAGUCACUACAAAGAUACAGGCGUCCUUCCUAACUCAGUUGUUGGACAGGACGGAAACUGCUCAGGGAUUUCACCAUGAGGCCAAUGGUGAUUUUAAAACAGUUACAGAGUUUAAUGACUGUGACAGGAGAAACAUUUUGUUCUGAAUACAAAGCGUUAUGUUUGGGGAAAAUCCAACACAACACAUCACUGAAUACAACUCUUCAUAUUUUCCAGCAUGGUGGUGGCUGCAUCAUGUUAUGGGUAUGCUUUUCAUCGGCAAGGACUAGGGAAUUUGUUAGAAUAAAAAGAAACGGAAUACAGCUAUAAGCAGAGGAAAACCUGUUUCAUUCUGCUUUCCAACAGACACUGGGAGACUAAUUCACCUUUCAGCAGGACGAUAACCUAAAACACAAAGCCAAAUCUACACUGGUGUUGCUUACCAAGACGCCAUUGAAUGUACCAUAGUGGCCUAGUUACAGUUUCGAAUUAAAUCGGCUUGAAACUCUAUGGCAAAACUUGAAAAUGGCUGUCUAGCAAUGACCAACCAUCAACUUGACAGAGCUUGAAGAAUUUUUAAUAGAAUAAUGGGCAAAUAUUGUACAUUCCAGGUGUUUUGGUUAAGUGCUCUUAGAGACUUAACCAAAAAGAUUCACAGCUGCAAUCGCCGCCAAAGGUGCUUAAACAAAGUAUUGACUCAGGGGUGUGAAUACUUAUGUAUUCAAAAUUUUUCUGCAUUUAAUUUUCAAUACAUUUGCAAAGAUUUCUACAAAUAUUUUUCACUUUGUCAUUAUGGGGUAUUAUGAGUAGAUGGGUGAGAAAAACAUAUAUUUCAUCCAUGCAGCCCUUGGAAACAGCACUUCAGAAUAAAAACGAAUCCUCUUUUACUCCCAACUUCUCCAGCUGCAGAGUCGUUUUGCUUGUUCUCCUGCAUCAUAAAUGGGGAGGAGAGGGAACAGAGUCACAGAGCCGUCUACAGGUGAGAUACAUCUUUAUUAUCAUCAUCACAUCAUCAGUCAUCGUCAUCACCUGCACUACUGCUAAUUACAUUUUGCAGGUAUUUAUACAAAGUGACUUAUUAAACACAUCCUUUCAGUAUAUAGCUGAUGUGGGAAUUGAACCCACAACUAUAUCCUAGCACUGAUUAAGCAAAUACCUCUAACCCGUCAUACUUACUCAUAGCACUUAGGUAAUCCUAACCACUAAAUUAAUUUACCUUUUACACUUUAGCAUUGCUUUGUAGCAUUUAGUAAUGUGACUUGUAAGUUAUCCUCCAUGACAUAUAGAUUUGACAGGCCAAAUGGGUCUCUUGGAAUCAUUAGAGCAGAAAAACCUAUGUAUAGUUGCGUCGUUCCACAAAUAGAGUACAUUUUGUGUCCCUUUGAUAUUUUAAGUAGAAAUUGUGCACAAAUAUUGCAUUUUAAAAGACUAUUACAGUAUAUUAAAUUAAGUUCUCUUUAAUAUAGACCACAUGGACAAGUCAGUAAAUCAAUUUUUUCAUAUGAAUAAAGACUUGCUAAAGUGCCAAAAAUCUGCAUUUAGACAUGCCACUUGUCAUGUUUUUCUGACUUCUAGGAAGAUUUUAACCCACUUAACCAAAACAUUUCUCCAAGUUUUCACCAUCAUUGUAAAGCCAUAGUUAUGUUCUUGCUUUGACAAAGUCAUUUCCGAAGAUUAUUGAUUUCAUGUGAUUUGUGAUUAAUAUAUGUCUGUCCCUCAUGUUAAGGUCAACCCCUGUUACGUGAACUGAAUUAUCGUUUUAAUAUGGUGAAACUACUACUUUUUAAAGGGACACUACGAGAUUUGGGGAUUUAAUUUAUUUACCUAGAAAGAUUAACUCAUCAAUACCAUUUUUAUGUCUCGGUAUGCAGUUUGAAGGUAAUUGACAUUAGCUUAUCGUUAGCAUAGCACAAUAGCUGGAAGUCUCCAGGUACAGUAGCCAGCACCUCUCAAAAGCAGGGAAAUAUACCUUCUAACUAUUCCAAAGCUGGUUGGUUGGUCAUUUAUAGUCCUACAUAGUAAUUUAUAUUUUAUAAAUUCUCACAGGACACUCACAAACUAUAUUGGACAUGCGAUGGUACUACCAGCUAUCUAGCUCAGAACUGAAGCGCUGUCCCGUUGUCGCAGUUGGCUGGCUGUGUUGACUUGAGAGGUUGCACAUAUCCUUUUCUUUCACCUACGGCAGAUGAAUGAAAUGCGUAUUUCAGAUAAAAUAGUUCCAAAAAUAACUGCAUUUAAAACAACUAGAAUUGAAAUAUUAUAGUUUUAUAUAUACUUUGGAGUAGCUAGAAGGUAUUUUUUCAUGCUUUUGAGAGGAGCUGGCUACCUGGAGACCUCCAGCAAUUGUGCUAAGCUAACGAUGAUCUAAUGUAAAUUAUCUUUAAACUCAGCAUUGGGCCAGUAACCGAAAGGUUGCUGUAUUGAAUCACCAAGCCGGCAAGGUGGGAAAAUCUGGAGUCCUAAAAACAAUUAAAUAAGUGUAUAUUAUUUGGCAAGUCACAGAUUGGCUAUCAGAAAAAUUCAACCCCGCCCAGACCUCCUGAAAGCUAAAAAAAAGCAAUAACAUUUUCAAUAUAUAUAUAGAGUGUUUGACUGAUUUGGACAUAGAUUGUGCCAAACUAACGGGCUGAUCAAUACACAUCGUUUGGUGUAUUGUUGGUCUGUGUUCAACAGAGGGGGCCAACGCCACAGUGAAAUUCAUGGAAGUACUACCACAGAAAUGUUUCAAUUUGGUGAUCCUUUUACAAUUACUCGUAACUUUAUCAUACAUUUGAACAGUAUAAGGCAAGUGAUCCUUCAUGUACUGUCACACACCCUCUGUUUACAAAACAAUAGAUUAAAACACGCUUAUAUUUUGGGUUCUGAUGGGCUAUGACAGUUGAACUAAGCUCAUGACGCAAGUUAUAUUCUUCAAGAAUCAAUGGGUAUACACCUGUAUAAUUAAUUAAAAGUCAAAAAAUGUAUGUAGCAACUGCAGAUUGCCCCUUUAAGGAACACAAAUAUUAAACACUUUGAUCCUCAUAACCAAAUGAUUCAAGCACAUGACAUUGUAAGUACAGGAAUAUUUCUUAGCUAUGGUGUUUGACCACUAUAAGCAGUUCAGUAGUAUAUAUCUGUGUAUCUUAUAAGCUGAGUGCACUGUAUCUGUUACCAGCCAAAGUACACAGGUGUAGACUUGAAUGUUACACACUUAAAAAAUUGGCUCUCUAAGCAUGAACAGGUUCUAAAAUCUGUUGUUCUGUCUGGCUGUUUGUCCCUGUUUCUGUGACAACUACAGGUUUGUCCCUCGCCAUGAAGAUGAGCUGGAGUUGGAGGUGGAUGACCCUCUACUAGUGGAGGUACAAGCAGAGGAUUACUGGUAUGAAGGUUACAACAUGCGUACAGGUACCUACGGCAUCUUCCCUGCUUACUACGCCAUAGAGGUCGCCAAGGAGCCAGAGAGCUUCAAAGGUACAGUGCUUUGAUCCCUGCUUAUUUACACAGUGCUAAAAUGCUAAAUGAGUAUUUGCACCACUUUAAAAGGGCAAUCUGUAGUUCAAACAAUAACAAAGCCAACACCCGCCACUGUUUUCGUAAACAGCUGAGGGAUGGGACUGGAGAAAUGUAAUCACUCAUCAGAGCUAUGGAUGCAAGGACUGACCAUUCAUGAUAUCAACAUUAUAGUUUUUACCAUGUUUUGAGGCUAUGUAAUUGGCUAUGUAAUUGUUUACAAUUAAAUUGUUUACACACAGUGGAUCAAGACAAGCUGAUAGUUUUGAACUAAGCUCAUGAGAAAUGUAGAAGUUAUAUUCUUCAAGAAUAAUAAUAAUAAUAAUGGUCCUCUGUAGCUCAGCUGGUAGAGCACGGUGCUUGUAACGCCAAGGAAGUGGGUUCGAUCCCCGGGACCACCCAUACACAAAAAUGUAUGCAUGCAUGACUGUAAGUCGCUUUGGAUAAAAGCGUCUGCUAAAUGGCAUAUUAUUAUUAUUAUAUUCUUCAAGAAUCAAUUGGUCUACAGUAUAUCAUUAAUUUAAAAGUCUAAAAAUUGAUGUAACAACUGCAGAUUGCCUCUUUAAGGAACACAAAUAUUAAAUAGUUUGAUCCUCAUAACCAAAUGAUUCAAGCACAUGACAUUGUAAGUAAAGUAAAAUGUAUUUGCCAUGGUGUGUAACCAAUCACAGAUUGCCCCUUUAAAGAACACUAUUGUGUUGACAGCUCUAUAGGUGAAUAUAUUGAUGCACAUUACAGUACUAAUGGCAUUGAUCCAACCGUGUGUAGAGCACUUUAACCCUUCCCUUCUGUUCCGGGGCAAUUUGAAAAGAGUUCGAAAUCACUAAAAUACAAUUUUACGUAAUUUUUCAACCAUGACCCUUCAUCUGCUUUCCUAAGGAUGGGUCUCAAACUUGCAAAACACAUAAUUAAACAAAAAAUAUACAGUGGGGAAAAAAAGUAUUUAGUCAGCCACCAAUUGUGCAAGUUAUCCCACUUAAAAAGAUGAGAGAGCCCUGUAAUUUUCAUCAUAGGUACAAGUCAACUAGGACAGACAAAAUGAGGAAAAAAAAUCCAGAAAAUCACAUUGUAGGAUUUUUUAUGAAUUUAUUUGCAAAUUAUGGUGAAAAAUAAGUAUUUGGUCAAUAACAAAAGUUUCUCAAUAGUUUGUUAUAUACCCUUUGUUGGCAAUGACACAGGUCAAAUGUUUUCUGUAAGUCUUCACAAGGUUGUCACACACUGUUGCUGGUAUUUUGGCCCAUUCCUCCAUGCAGAUCUCCUCUAGAGCAGUUCUGUUUUGGGGCUGUCGCUGGGCAACACAGACUUUCAACUCCCUCCAAAGAUUUUCUAUGGGGUUGAGAUCUGGAGACUGGCUAGGCCACUCCAGGACCUUGAAAUGCUUCGUACGAAGCCACUCCUUCGUUGCCCGGGCGGUGUGUUUGGGAUCAUUGUCAUGCUGAAAGAACCAGCCACGUUUCAUCUUCAAUGCCCUUGCUGACGGAAGGAGGUUUUCACUCAAAAUCUCACGAUACAUGGCCCCAUUCAUUAUUUCCUUUAAACGGAUCAGUCGUCCUGGUCCCUUUGCAGAAAAACAGCCCCAAAGCAUGAUGUUUCCACUCCCAUGCUUCACAGUAGGUAUGGUGUUCUUUGGAUGCAACUCAGCAUUCUUUGUCCUCCAAACACGACGAGUUGAGUUUUUACCAAAAAGUUAUAUUUUGGUUUCAUAUGACAUUCUCCCAAUCCUCUUCUGGAUCAUCCAAAUGCACUCUAGCAAACUUCAGACGGGCCUGGACAUGUACUGGCUUAAGCAGGGGGACACGUCUUGCACUGCAGGAUUUGAGGUCCUGGCGGCGUAGUGUGUUACUGAUGGUAGGCUUUGUUACUUUGGUCCCAGCUCUCUGCAGGUCAUUCACUAGGUCCCCCCGUGUGGUUCUGUGAUUUUUGCUCACUGUUCUUGUGAUCAUUUUGACCCCACGGGGUGAGAUCUUGCGUGGAGCCCCAGAUCGAGGGAGAUUAUCAGUGGUCUUGUAUGUCUUCCAUUUCCUAAUAAUUGCUCCCACAGUUGAUUUCUUCAAACCAAGCUGCUUACCUAUUGCAGAUUCAGUCUUCCCAGCCUGGUGCAGGUCUACAAUUUUGUUUCUGGUGUCCUUUGACAGCUCUUUGGUCUUCGCCAUAGUGGAGUUUGGAGUGUGACUGUUUGAGGUUGUGAACAGGUGUCUUUUAUACUGAUAACAAGUUCAAAUAGGUGCCAUUAAUACAGGUAACAAGUGGAGGACAGAGGAGCCUCUUAAAGAAGAAGUUACAGGUCUGUGAGAGCCAGAAAUCUUGCUUGUUUGUAGGUGACCAAAUACUUAUUUUCCACCAUAAUUUGCAAAUAAAUUCAUUAAAAAUCCUACAAUGUGAUUUUCUGGAAAAAAAAUGCUCAAUUUGUCUGUCAUAGUUGACGUGUACCUAUGAUGAAAAUUACAGGCCUAUCUCAUAUUUUUAAGUGGGAGAACUUGCACAAUUGGUGGCUGACUAAAUACUUUUUUUCCCCACUGUAUAUAAUAAUAAUAAUAAUAAUAAAAAAAUAGUGACAUGAUGUUCUGGGUAAAUUUUACCCGCAAUUUGACCUUGAACUUGGUCUAUAUAACUUUAUAUAUAGAAACAAACUGCUUACUGCACAGGAAUGGUGCAAGCAUGAUAAUCACAUAGACAUAAGUAUGAUUCCCCUAUGUUGCUGAGCAACACUGAUCUGAAGUCAAUUUAACCAGCAAUUUGGCCUUGACCUAUAUAACUUUUGAAUGGUGUGACCUAGAAACAAUCUGCUUUCUGCACAGGAAUGGUGCAAACAUGAUGAUCACAAAUGAUGUCCCUAUGAUGCUCAGAGGCUAAGCAACACUGAUCUGAAGUAAAUUUGACCUUGACGCUAGAGACAAAUGGAAUUCUGUGCAGUAAAGAUCCAUCCAUGAUGAUCAUUUACAUUUUAGCAGACACUUUUAUCCAGAGCUACUUACAGUUAGUGAGUGCAUACAUCUUUUUUUUCAUACUGACCCCCUGUGGGAAUCAAACCCACAAUCUGGCGUUGCAAACGCCAUGCUCUACCAACUGAGCUACACGGGGCCUGAGCUAUACGGGGAUCACAAGGAUAUAGGUAUGCUUUCACUGUAAUGUUCAGAGGCCGAGGGACAGUGAUCUGAAGUUAGGCAAAACAUUUGCUAUAAAGGUCUUAAAUGUCAUAAAAUAAUUUGAUUGAUUUACGACUUUGGUACAGUAAUCAAACAUUUGGCUCUAACUUUUGAACAAUUGCGUCGGUUUUGGGAGUUUAAGAUCCUAUAUUUGUGAUCUUCAUGUACUUAUUGUACUUACUGUACUGGUCAAAUUGACCCGGAACAUAAACGGUGUUGGCCCAAUCGAACAUAAGAGAAGGGCUAAAAGUACUGAGUCAGCCUUGUCCAGCACUUACCCAUUAUUAUGUAUGCAGUGCUUAAAUGUUGACCCAUCUUCAUUCAGAGCACUUUAAAGGUCCAUUAUGUAGCUUUGUGGAAGAACCAACAGAUUUCCUAUAGAAAUGGGAGUUGAUAUGUCAUUCUCAUUGAAAGCAAGUCUGACAAGCAGUAGAUCUGUUCUAUGUACAAUAUUUCUAUGCUCCCCUCCAUAAGUUUCAUUUUUGUGUCUUUUUACUUUCAGUUCUGUACACCAGCUUCAAACAGCUGAAAAUACAUUAUUUUUGCUGUUCUCACUAAGGGCAUGCUCCAAUGAGCGCUUCUUUAGCUAGAUAGCCAGCUAAACCUUUCUUAACACUAAUCCUUCAAGAACCAGGCUGGAGAUAUAAUUUGAAGAUUUAAUUUAUAUAUAAUAAUAUAAUAUGCCAUUUAGCAGACGCUUUUAUCCAAAGCGACUUACAGUCAUGCGUACAUACAUUUUUGUGUAUGGGUGGUCCCGGGGAUCGAACGCACUACCUUGGCGUUACAAGCGCCAUGCUCUACCAGCUGAGCUACAGAGGACAAUUUCAGAAGUCUAAAACUGUACGCACAAAACUAUAAGCACAGCAUGCCAAAAGGUAAGUAUGAAAUUCUCACAUAUAUAGAUAGAUACAUGUAGAAUUGGCUGUAUCAAAGCUAAACAUGAACAUAUAACAUGUUGGGACAACAGCAGGAGAGAAUAAUGAUUUACAGGUCUCACAAGGUAGGUAUAGGCUACAAUAGUCCUUUGUAGAUAGGGCAUUUUACAGGGAGGUGAACAUCCAGGAUGAACCAAAAUAGACCAAACAGGUAGGACACAGGUGAGUAUACUAACACAAAUGCAAAUUUGCAUACACACACAUCCAUGCUGAUUAGUUAGCAUGACGAUUAAAGAGAGAAACAUGAAUAGCAAUGAGGCUAGCUAACCGCCAAGCUAAACACCAUACAUUUCAAUGGGAUCGGUUAAAACCAUUUUAGCUAGCGACCUUUUUAACAUCAUAAAAAGUAAUAAAUGGUGAAAUAAUGAAUAGUACAUGCACACACAUUAACAAUAAAUAUGAAUACUUACAGAUGAUGUCAAAUUAUUAGUUACAGGAUGGAAUGUUGCUUACCUCGAGGAUAGUUAAGUGGUUACUAGUUACUAAGCUGCAAUAUACGAAAACAGGUGAGGGUAAAUCUUUAUGCGGUCCAGGACAGUUAUUGAUGGUACAAUGAUUCUCUACAUGAUAUAUUGAUUUUGUCAUUAGAAACCAGGAAAUGGCAGAGCUAUUACUACAUAUUGUGCCCUUAAAUGUACUGUAGCAUCCAUAGUUUAUAUUUUUUCUCUAUCUCUCUCUCUCUCCCACAGUGAAGAGCAGUGAAUGGGUAGACAGAUACCGCAUGAAAUUUCUGGGCUCGGUCCAAGUGCCCUACCACAAAGGCAACGAUGUUCUGUGUGCAGCUAUGCAGAAGGUAUGGGAUGUGCUGUGUGUGUGCUUGUGAAAGAGAGAGUGAGAGGAUAGAAAGAGUGUGAGAGAGAUGUCAACUGGCACGUUACCAAUGGAAACCAUAAACUUUAACUGAGAGAGAGGGGGAGGAAGAGACAGACGGAUGAAGAGACAGAUGAAGUGAGUAGGAACAUGGGAAAUAAUGGGGGAGAAAGAGUGAGGUAAACAGUAUAGUUUAUUCUCUAUGAAAAUAGUAUUGAAAUAGUAUGGUAUUACACCAGGGUUGGGGUCGGAAUUCAGAAUUUAAUUCAAUUCAACGCAUUCAUUGAAAUUUGAAUUUGAAUUGGACACAUCCCACAGAAAGCAAAAUUGUAAUUUAAUUUUAAUUAAAGGAAGUAAAUUAAUUCAAAGCAAUUCAACUAAGACAUGAAAGUGCCAUUCCUUUGAUUCAACCACACUGUAUCUUAUACAUAGUAUUGGUUACGAUACAUGAUUUCAAAACAAUUAUAUUUGUGUCAUGAUGUGUAGAAUAAAUAAGCCAUUUGAAUUCAAUUCCAAGUCUGUUUCCUGUGGGGUGUGGACAAUUUUAAGAAAAUAAUUGGAAUUAAAGAGCAAUUCGCAAUUCAAUUCAGAAUUGACCCCAACCCUGUAUUACACAAACAAACAUUGACAGGAGAAGAAUCUGAGAUUUCAAAUUAGAAAGGUUAAGACAGGAAAUCAUUAAAACAUGAUAGAAAAGAAAAGAGGACAGAGGCAGGUUGAGAAGAGCUUUUAGCCAUUGCUCAUAGCUACAUUACAUGACCAAAAGUAUGUGUACACCUGCCCGUCGAACAUCUCAUUCCAAAAUCAUGGGCAUUAAUAUGGAGUUGGUCCCCCCUCUUCGGGAAGGCUUUCCACUAGAUGUUGGAAAAUUGCUGAGGGGACUUUCUUCCAUUCAGCCACAAGAGCAUUAUUUAUUUUUAUUUAUUUAACUAGGCAUUAGUGAGGUCGGGCAGUGAUGUUGGGCGAUUAGGCCUGGCUUGCAGUCGGCAUUCCAAUUCAUCCCAAAGGUGUUAGAUGGGGUUGAGGUCAGGUCUCGGUGAAGGCCAGUCAAGUUCUUCCACACCGAUCUCGACAAACCAUUUCUGUAUGGACCUUGCUUUGGGCACGGGGGCAUUGUCAUGCUGAAACAGGAAAGGGCCUUCUCCAAACUGUUGCCACAAAGUUGGAAGCACAGAAUCAUCUAGAAUGUCAUCGUAUGCUGUAGCGUUACGAUUUCCCUUCACUGGAACUAAGGGGCCUAGUCUGAACCAUGAAAAACAGCCCCAGAUCACUAUUUCUCCUCCACCAAACUUUACAGUUGGCCCUAUGCAUUGGGGCAGGUAGCAUUCUCCAGGCAUUUGAAAUUUGACGAACUGACUUGUUGGAAAGGUGGUAUCCUGUGACGGUGCCACCUUGAAAGUCUCUGAGCUCUUCAGUAAGGCCAUUCUACUGCCAAUGUUUGUCUAUGGAGAUUACAUGGUUGUGUGCUCGGUCAGCAAUGGGUGUGGCUCAAAUAGCUGAAUCCACUAAUUUGAAGAUGUGUCCACAUACUUUUGUAUAUAUAGUGUAUAUUUCUAGCUGAGAUGCCACUAGAAUUUUAAGACCAAUAACCCACCUCUUUCCAAUGUUCAUGUUUUAAAUUCCAAUUAGUAGAAUAAGGAUGCACAAGUUUUGUCUUGUUUUUUUGUUGUUGUUUUUUUACAUAUCAAUUCAAUAUCUAAACCAGCCCUGAUGUUUCAGCUGCUGCUUUUCUCAAGGGAUGCUGAUGCUGUUUUGAUUGCCACCAGAUUGCCACCAAUAGAAGGAUGACAGUGCAGUAUAACCCACCAUCGUCUUGUAUCCUUGAGAUCAACGUGAAAGGUGUGAAGCUCCUAGUCCAGGAUGACUACUAUGCCUCUGACAGAGUAAGACUUUCACACUCAAAUGCACACACAUUGUACACAUACACGCGCAAGCACGCACGCACACACACACACACACACACACACACACACACACACACACACACACACACACACACACACAAAAACUCAGAUUUAUGCAUACACACGUACACACUCUACACAUGCAUUUGCAUCACACACACACACACUUCUUAAGGCACACCUUCAACGCAUAUUAGAAAGACAGAAGUUUAGUUUGGACCAAAGUAUGACUACAAGACUUCGCGUCUGACUUGCAAGACUAGAUACAUAGAGGCUUUUUAUCCAAACCUUUGACCAGCAAGAUCACACUGAGGGACGUAUUCCCAGUAAAGCCUCCCGAGUGGCGCAGUGGUCUAAGGCACUGCAUCGCAGUGCUAGCUGUGCCACUAGAGAUCCUGGUUCAAUUCCAGGCUCUGUCGUUGCCGGCUGCGACCGGGAGACCCAUGGGGCGGCGCACAAUUGGCCCAGCGUCGUCCAGGGUAGGGGAGGGGAUGUAGCUCAGUUGGUAGAGCAUGGCGUUUGCAACACCAGAGUUGUGGGUUUGAUUCCCACGGGGGGCCAGUAUGAAAAAUAAUGUAUUCACUCACUAACUGUAAGUCGCUCUGGAUGUAAAGAAGGUUGAUAACACCCCAGUGUGGGCACUACAGGGUAUUGCAGACCACACAUAAUAAUCCAGAUGUACUGUAUAGAGGCAAGUGAGAAUUUUAUCUGGCAACAGCGGUGCCCACCUAAACUGAAGUCAAGCUAUAUAACCAUCAGUGGGUUCUUUGUUGACAUUAAGGCUACGAUUUGUUUUAAUAUCUAAUCUAAUUGGUCAAUCAUAAGGUUCACUAGCUAUUGCUCCUACAGAAUAUGUGUUGUAAGCAGACAGCAAACUCCAUGAGAAAUGCAGUUGUUGACAUGGAGGGUGGAUACUUUUUACCCUCAACACCUGUUUUUCAGAGCCAUAUAAUUUGUUCAAUGAGGUUUGUACCAAAGAACUAUGAUGUAUUCAUAUGACAGCACAUGGAACCAGAUACUGUAUCUAGAGCAUUAUGGGUGAUGUAGUCAUUCUAGUUUCCAAAUUAAAUUGGCCUACAAUUACAUCAGUGCAAAACAAAACCCAACGAAAUGCAGUGGAAUUUAAAGUAGCCUACCCCAUUUUCCCAGACGAUGCAAUUAUUUUGAGCCAAAAAUGAAGAAAGUCAGUCCAAAAUUUAAGGACGCAAAUCCGCCACUAGUUUGUGGCUUACGGUAUUAUACAGUUUUUCCCAAUUGCUAAAACACAAUUUUGCAAACUAGGCUGGUUUUAUCAAAAUACUUAACACAAUUCACAAAAAUACACACCCAAACUGCAAAAUACCUAAUAUAUCCUGCAAAAUGAAGCACUGCAACCAAAACUACAUAUAGCAUUAUCAAAAUCAAACGUUUGCACGAAAUGGCACACACUUCAUUCAUAUUACCAGAUUUUUGUCUAACCAACUACACACUGGUGGGCAUAAUGAAAAGCACUCUCAUCUUUAGUAUGCUUUGCCAUAAUAAUAAAAUAGUUCAAAUUGUAGAAAAUUUGUCAGAUUGUUCACAUGCACAGAAAUAUUUGCAGAUACACACACAUGCUGUUGAAACAUUUUAUUUUUUAUUUUUCACCAAACAAGUCAGUGCAACAUAUGCACAGCAGAUAUAUUUACAUUGAACUGAACAAAAAUAUGCUCACAAAAAACAGUAAACUGAAAAAGAAAGUUGCAGAAAAAGUGUGCAGAACAAAUAUAUAGAAACAAAAAAGAGGCAAGAAAAAUAAUUAGGCAGCAUCUUGCCGCACAGCUGGGUCUGGCCACAACGCUUCAUCCACAUCACAGGCAAUAUCUUCCCUUGCCAGACAUCGAGGGAAGAAGAGCUUUGAGUGCCUUAUCCGUCCCUGAAUCGCACCCACAUCAAUCUCAUCACAUGCCUCUUCCAUAGCCUGCAUAAGAGGCAUGCGCACAAAGGGCUGCCAGUCUGAUACCUUCCACCGCCAUGCCGAAAAUAACUAUUCUAUGGGGUUCAGAAAUGGUGAGUAUGGUGGGAGGUAUUGCACGAGAAAUGGUGGGUGGUCAGCAAACCAGUUUUGGACUGGGGCUGCACGAUGAAAGCUCACGUUGUCCCAUACUACAACGUACUGGGUUCUUUGAUGGUCUGCAUCAUUCAUACGCUCUGGUGGUAUGAGAAUGUUGUGGAGUCUGUCCAGAAAUGUGAGAAUAUGGGCUGUGUUGUAUGGUCCAAGGUUGGCAUGACGGUGGAGGACACCAUGUGUAUUGGAGAUGGCAGCGCACAUUGUGAUGUUCCCACCACGUUGGCCAGGAACAUCUAUAAUGGCUCUGUGGCCAAUGACGUUUCUCCCCUUCCCCCUGGUCUUUGCUAGGUUGAACCCAGCCUCAUCUAUAAAGAUGAACUCAUGUGGGAUUGCGUGAGCAUCCAUUUCCAGUACUCCCUGAAAACAAAGAACAAAAGCAGUCAAUAUGGUGUUAUCCAGUACACUGGGAAACAAUGUUGCGUGUAGUCUACUGCAGUAAAUAUUGUACUUACAUCCACAUAUGCUCGUCUGACCUCUUUGUUUCUUUGAGAGUUUCUCUCAAACGGCACCUUAUAAAGUUUUUUCAUUCUGAUUUGGUUUCGUUUGAGAAUGCGAGCCAAUGUGGACAGACUGACUCGUUGAAUGUUGUUGAAUAUGGUGUUGUCUUGGAUGAUGUGGCUUUGAAUUUCUCGUAAUCUGAUUUCAUUAUUUUCCAAAACCAAGUUUACAAUGGCAGCUUCCUGUACCCAGGUGAACAUUUGGCCCCUUCCUCCACCAUGGUUGCGUCUCUCAGUCCUUUAGAAAAACAAAAAAACUAAAAUAUAGGGCUUGGACAAUGCAGCCUAAAGAUACUUCCCCCACAGUAGAGUAAAUUGUACAGGAAACUUGUGCAGUUAGUGUAUGACAUCAGCCAUUAAUGAAGUAAACAGGUGUCACCCAACUGAUACACUAUGACAUGGGGUGUACUACAUAGUGUGAAAUACAUUUUGGUUACAUACCUGUACUCCAGUCUAAAUGUCCGGAUGACACAGGCGACAGUAAAACGGCUCAAGUUGGGCUGCACUCUCUGUCCAGCCUCUCGCAUUGUCAGCCCAUGGUUGAUGACAUGAUCAACUAAGGUUGCUCUGAUUUCAUUAAAAAGUUGUCUUCUUUGGCCAUGAACUCCUCUACCAGCUCUACUCCUACCUCUCACUCUUACUCCCCCUCUCCCUCCCCCUCUCAUUCUCCCCCUCCCUCUUCCUCUUCCUCUCUCUGCAACAUUUUCCAUUGUUGUUGUAAAACAAAAGGUGCUCACCUGUGGUCUUUUCAUAGUGCUUACUUCCUGAUUGAAGUGGUAACAAUUAACCAUUGAGGUGUUUGGCCAGGUGGCACAUGUAUUGGCCAAUUUGAAUGGCAGUGUUUUGAAAUGGCAAACAUGUGACUUUAAGUGGACCUCUGUAGCUCAGUAGAGCACGGCGCUUGUAACGCCAAGGUAGUGGGUUCGAUCCCCGGGACCACCCAUACACACAAAAAAAUAAUGUAUGCACGCAUGACUGUAAGUCGCUUUGGAUAAAAGCGUCUGCUAAAUGGCAUAUUAUUAUUAUUAUUAUAUUAUUAUGUCAGAUUGUUGUGUCUUAUGCAGAGAACCGUGUGCAGUGCAUCCUCUGUAGCUCAAUUGGUAGAGCAUGGCGCUUGUAACGCCAGGGUAGUGGGUUCGAUCCCCGGGACCACCCAUACGUAAAAAUGUAUGCGCACAUGACUGUAAGUCGCUUUGGAUAAAAGCGUCUGCUAAAUGGCAUAUUAUUAUUAAAAGUGCCAUUUUGAAUUGCAAAAUGUGUUUUGGAGGUUUUGCUCUCUGUGUGUCAGUUUAAAUAAUUGUGCUGUGCAUGUCAUUUUAGUGUGUUAGCAAUUGGAAAAAACUGUAAUAUAGAUGUGUGUGUGUGUGUGUGUGUCUGUCUGCCAUCACAGAGUAACCAGUGCAGCCACUUCUUCCAGUUGAAGAAUGUUUCCUUCUGUGGCUAUCACCCUAAGAACAGCAAGUAAGUACCUGGAUCUGGAUGACAUUUUGUCAGUCAUGCUCACUGUAUUCAAGUAACAAUUAGCUUUUUAGGAGAGUCAUAGCGCAGGCAGUGGAGGAAAUGGAGAAAGAGAAUCACUCUGGGAACCUUCCAUUGUAAAAUCUGCAUUUAUUUUACUCCUGGAACCUGGUUCCCUCUGGGGUUUCGCUCCUCUGACCCCUGUAUUUCUUUUUUUUAAACCUAUGUGUGGGUUGUAUGGUUUCCCCUUAGGUACUUUGGCUUCAUCACAAAACACCCAGCUGACCAGAGAUUUGCCUGUCAUGUGUUUGUGUCUGAAGAUUCUACUAAACCCCUGGCAGAGUCUGUUGGGUGAGGAAUGAGGACUUUGUUUCUGUGUUAAAAAAUAUAUAUAUCCUGUCACUCUUUUGCUCUUUGUCCCUCUCUUUUAUAUUGUCAGAGGAUUCAAGAGGUUCUUAGCCAUAGUGGGCCAAUUACAACCAACAUUGAGCACUGUCUCAACACGAGGUGAUCUCUCAUUAAACCACCAAUAUGCGCUAAGAUCACCCACACAGCUGAUCUCAAUUGCAACCAGUAUUGGCCAUUAUAUUAUCACUCCCUAAAGCUGAUGUCAGUGUUUAAAGGGCGACUGUGCUUCGUGAUUUGGCCUCGUUUUUCAUCUAUGUCCAUUUAAGAAAUGCUGAAGGCAUACAAGAGUGAUCUUGGGGGUGUGGUUUGAUGUGGGUGUUUCUUCGGUGUGUCUUUGUCAUUCAAUCACAACAAACAAGUGCAGUAAUGAGUACAGCGAGGUAAGCUAAGCUAUCUUUGCUAUGGAGAGAACGAUGUUUUGAAGUUGAGGACUGUUUUGCAUACGCAUAAAUUAGUUUGCAGAUGUUAUCGUGGGUGUAGCGAAAUGCUUAUGUUGCAAGCUCCAACAGUGCAGUAAUACCUCACAAUACAAAACAAUACAAGCAAAUCCAAAAUAGAAAAAUAAAAUAAUUAAGAAAUAUAGAUAUAAUAUAUAUAAGCAAUGUCAGAGUCCGGAAUAUAAUUAUGUAUGUACACAGUGCAUUUGGAAAGUAUUCAAACCCCUUGACCUUUUCCACAUUUUGUUACUUUACAGCAGGGGUGUCAAACUCAUUUUAGCUCAGGGGCCACAUGGAGGAAAAUCUAUUCCCAAGUGGGCCGGACCGGAAAAAUCAUGGUAUAUAUAACUUAAAAACAACAACUUCAGAUUGUUUUCUUUGUUUUAAUACGAUCAACAUACAACAUAAAGCUGGAGCCUGAGGACAGUGUGUCCAAAAUAGUACAAGCACAACAUCACUAUUAAUCAUAAAACACGUCAAGUUUAUAUGAAAAUUCUAAAGAAAAAGAACACACAAACACACAAUGCCUCAGUGAUUAACAGAACUGUUUCACAGAUCAUAGAACUAUAUCAGGGUGUCAUUUCUCAGGCAGAAAUGUAGAUAAAAAUAAUGAAAUCCUGUUCCCCAAACAAAUGCAAGAACCACAGAGUCAAUAAUAGGUUAAAUAUACAAAUAAAAUAAAAUCAAUUAAAAACAAUAGCACAUCAACAUAAAAACAUAUAAAUAUAAAUCUGAAAGCGUUGCUCAAACUCCCGUAACAGUCCAGUUAUUUUAUCUUUGAACCGCUUCAUGUCUGCCACAUGUUGGGUCGCGCACACAUUUUUCAGACAGGGGAAGUGAGCUGCAGCACCACCGGCAAGUUGCGUCUCCCACAAUGACAGCUUCAACUUGAAAGAACGUAUGCUGUCAUAAAACUGCGUGACAACUUUGUUGCGCCCUUGCAGCUGUUUGUUCAAGUUAUUCAGGUGCUCUGUAACAUCCACCAUAAAUGCAAGGUCCGGCAUCCAUUUUGCAGAAUGAAAUUCUAACACUGGUUUGCCCUUUUCUUCCAUGAACUGUUCAAUUUCUUCUCGUAAAUCAAAGAAACGCCUCAGCACAGCACCUCGGCUUAACCAUCUUACCUCAGUGUGGUAUGGCAGGCCAUAGAUGUGGUCUUUCUCUCUGAGAAGGCUGUCAAACUGACGGUAAUUCAGGCUUCUGGAUCGGAUGAAAUGAACAGUUUGGAUGACCACCUUCAUGACGUUAUCCAUCUUUAAUGACUUGCAACACAAAGCCUCCUGGUGCAAAAUACAGUGAAAAGUCAAAAAAUCACAUCCUCCAUUUGCAGAUUGCACUUUCUCUCUGAACUUUGUCACAACGCCUGCUUUUUUCCUGAUCAUUGAGGGCGCACCAUCUGUAGCCAGGCUGACAGCGCGGGACCAGUCCACUCCGACCCUGUCCAGCGCGCCGACGAGUGCGGUAAAAAUAUCAGCUGCUGUCGUUGUAUCUGUCAUCGGCACCAACUCCACGAACUCCUCGGUGACGGUCAAUGUGUCAUCAACUCCGCGGAUGAAAAAAUGGCCAGUUGUGCAACAUCUGUAAUGUCCGUGCUUUCAUCAAUUGCAACCGAAAACGCAAUAAAUGACUUUACUUUUUGCUUCAACUGGCUGUCCAAAUCCACUGAAAGAUCGGAAAUCCUGUCUGCAACUGUGUUUCUUGUCAGGCUGAUAUUUGCAAAAACCUGCCGCUUUUCAGGGCACACAAUCUCCGCUGCCUUCAUCAUGCAUGUUUUUACAAAUUCACCCUCACUAAAUGGUUUUGAAGCCACUGCGAUUUCAUUAGCAAUGAGGUAGCUAGCUUUCACUGCAGCGUCACUGAUGUCUCGGCUGUGAGUAAACACAGACUGCUGUUUCUUCAGACCCGCCAACCUUCUCUCAUCUCCGCUGUCCUUGAAAGUUGUCAUAUUUGUCGGCAUGAAGACUCACAUAGUGGCGACGAAGGUUAUAUUCUUUCAGCACUGCAACAUGCUCUGAACACACCAAACAUACAGCUUUCCCAUUCAAUUCCGUGAUUAAAUAGGAUGACCAUUUUUCUUGGAACACUCUGCACUCUGCGUCCACUUUUCUCUUUUUUGACAGAGACAAAUUGGGGCAAUGAGGGUGCCAAAGCACACAAUGUUAAAAGUAGAAGCCGUAAUAAAUAUCGCGGGCAAAACAAAGUAGCUCAUUGGCUGCACGUGCUUGACCUACUUGCUCUGCCCCGGUAUAAACAGUUUGCUUGCUUAACAGAAUUGCUAUUGCGCCAUCCAGUGGACGCAAUUGGAACAGCAGUUUAUUUUAUUGAAAAAUUGCAGCGAAUUUUUAUUCUUAAAAAAAUAAAAAAUAAAAAUAUAUAUAUAUUUAUUUUUCGAAAUCAUCUCGCGGGCUGGAUUAAACCCGUUUGCCCGCCUGAUCCGGACCGCGGGCCGUACGUUUGACACCCCUGCUUUACAGCCUUAUUCUAAAAUUGAUUUAAUAGUUUUUUUUCCCCCUCAUCAAUCUACACACAAUAGCCCAUAAUGACAAAGCAAAAACAGGUAAAACAAUAAAAUAAAAAAAAUAAAAAAUACAUGAAAUAUCAAAUUUACAUAAGUGUUCACUCUUUUCUCAGUGCUUUGUUGAAGCACCUUUUGCAGCAAUUACAGCCUUGAGUCUUCUUGGGUAUGACGCUACAAGCUUGGCACACCUGUAUUUGGGGAGUUUCUCCCAUUCUUCUCUGCAGAUCCUCUCAAGCUCUGUCAGGUUGGAGGGGGAGUGUCGCUGCACAGCUAUUUUCAGUUCUAACCAGGCCACUCAAGGAUUUUCAGAGACUUGUCCCAAAGCCACUCCUGCAUUGUAUUGGCUGUGUGCUUAGGGUCGUUGUGCUGUUGGAAGGUGAACCUUCGCCCCAUCCUGAGGUCCUGAGCGCUCUGGAGCAGGUUUUCAUCAAGGAUCUCUGUACUUUGCUCCAAUCAUCUAUCCCUCAAUCCUGACUAGUCUCCCAGUCCCUGCCGCUGAAAAACAUCCCGACAACAUGAUGCUGCCACCACCAUGCUUAACCAUAGGGAUGGUGCCAGGUUUCCUCCAGACGUGACACUUGGCAUUCAGGCCCAAGAGUUCAAUUUUGAUUUCAUCAGGUCUGAGAGUCCUUUAAAUCAAAUCACAUUUUAUUUGUCACAUGCGCAAACUCAAUGAUGGUGUUGGAGUCGUGCCUGGCCAUGAGUCAUGGGUGAACAGGGAGUACAGGAGGGGACUGAGCACGCAACCCUGAGGGGCCCCCGUGUUGAGGAUCAGCGUGGCAUAUGUGUUGUUACCUACCCUUACCACCUGGGGGUGGCCCGUCAGGAAGUCUAGGAUUCAGUUGCAGAGGGAGGUGUUUAGUCCCAGGGUCCGUAGCUUAGUGAUGAGCUUUGAGGGCACUAUGGUGUUGAACGCUGAGCUGUAGUCAAUGAAUCGCAUUCUCACGUAGGUGUUCCUUUUGUCCAGGUGGGAAAGGGCAGUGUGGAGUGCAAUAGAGAUUGCGUCAUCUGUGGAUAUGUUGGGGCGGUAUGCAAAUUGGAGUGGGUCUAGGUUUUCUGGGAUAAUGGUGUUGAUGUGAGACAUGACCAGCCUUUCAAAGCACUUCAAUGCUACAGACGUGAGUGUUACGGGUCGGUAGUCAUUUAGGCAGGUUACCUUGGUGUUCUUGGGCACAGGGACUAUGGUGGUCUGCUUGAAACGUUGGUAUUACAGACUCGGUCAGGGACAGGUUGAAAAUGUCAGUGAAGACACUAGCCAGUUGGUCCGCGCAUGCUCGGAGUACACGUCCUGGUAAUCUGUCUGGCCCUGCGGCCUUGUGAAUAUUGACCUGUUUAAAGGUCUUACUCACAUCGGCUACGGAGAGCGUGAUCACACAGUCGUCCGGAACAGCUGGUGCUCUCAUGCAUGCUUCAGUGUUGCUUGCCUCGAAGCACGCAUAGAAGUCAUUUAGCUAGUCUGGUAGGCUUGUGUCACUGGGCAGCUCGCGGCUGUGCUUCCCUUUGUAGUCCGUAAUAGUUUGCAAGCCCUGCCACAUCCGACGAGCGUCGGAGCUUUGCCUGUUUGAUGGUUCGUCGGAGGGCAUAGCGGGAUGUCUUAACUCUCAAAGCACUUCAUGAUGACAGAAGUGAUUGCUACGAUAGUUACCUUCGCUCUCUUGGGUACAGCAAUAAUGGUGGACAUCUAGAAACAAGUGGGGACAACAGACUGGGAUAGGGAGAGAUCUAAUAUGUCCAUGCAAAUGCUCUGAGGACGCGGCUUGGAAGGUUGUCUGGGCCGGCAGGCAUGCAAGGUUUAACACGCUUGAUUGUCUUACUCACAUUGUCCCAUAGAUCGGGAGCACACAGUCCUCUUGAGUGGUGGAGGCCGACGUCGGCGGUUCAGUGUUGUAUUCCUUGAAGUGGCGAAAAAGGUGUUUAGCUUGUCUGGGAGUGAGGCGUCGGUGUCCGCAACAUGGCUGGCUUUCCCUUUAUAAUCCGUGAUUGUCUGGAGUCCCUGCCACAUGCAUCUCGUGUCUGGGCCAUUGAAUUGCUACUCUACUUUCCCUGUACUGUCAAUUUUGGCUCUGAUUGCCUUAGCUGUUCUGUUUGUACACGUCCAUGUUCCCAGUUACCUUGCCAUGGUUAAAUGUGGUGGUUCGCGCUUUCAGUUUUGCGUAAAUGCUCCCAUCUAUCCACAAGUUUUGGUUUGGUUAAGUUCUUAUCGUCACAGUAGGAACAACAUCCUCUAUGCAGUUCCUGAUGAACCCAGUCAUUGAAUCAGUGUAUACGUUGUUACUAUUCCCAGAGGCGACCAAGAACAUUUCCCAGUCCACGUGUUCAAAACAGUCUUGUAGCAUAGAUUCCAAUGUUGAACAGUCUUUACCAUGGGUGCUUCCUGUUUGAGUUUCUGUCUAUAGGCGGGGAGGAGCAGGAUGGAGGUGUGAUCUGAUUUGCUGAAGGUAGGGUGGGGAGGGCCUUGUAGCCAUCCUGGAAGGGAGAGUAACAAUGGUCAAGUGUGUUUCUCUCCGCGUGUAGUGCAGGAGAUGUGUUGGUAGAAUUUCGUCAGCUUUUUCCUCAGAUGUCCUUUAUUACAGUCCCCAGCUACAAUAAAUGCUGGCCUCAGGAUAUUUGGUUUCCAGAUUGCCCUAAGCCCAGUGUAGUUCCUUGAGAGCCGUCGCGGUGUCAGCUUGGCGGGGAAUAUACAUGGCAGUGACAAUAACCAAAUAAAAAAUGUUCGGGAGGUAAUGCAGUCGGCAUUUGAUGUGGAGGUAUUCCAGAUCGGGAGAACAAUAGGACUUGAGUUCCUGUAUGUUACCACAAUCACAUCAUGAGUUGUUGAUCAUGAGACAUACCCCUCCACCUUAUUUUGUCUUUCUUCCUGUCUGCGCGUUGAACUGAGAACCCUGCUGGCUAUAUGGACGGGGACAAUAUAUCCAGAGAGAGCCAUGAUUCCAUAUGGUGGUUAGGUGAAUUCCAGGAUAGUAUUUUGACCAUUGACCAGAUCAAAUGUGACCAACCUGAUUCAAGUGUCCUCCAUUACUCUGAAGCGGGACUGGUGUCUGGGCACUGCCUCUGCCUUCUCUAAGAGCUCCUGAUAUAGUAUGGGGCUUCCCACAAUGCUGCUGAACAACAAAUCCACCAGGUUUUGUACGUAGACUGUGAAUGAAAUAAAAUGUAUAUGCUAAUAGAGGGACUGUAACUACAGAAUAGAUUCAGGCCGGUGACACCGUUACUCUGCAACCAGCUGUGUACAUUGCUGAAUGCUUGCUGAUACCUUCUGCUAUUUGCUGACGGAGCAAUAGCUAUAUUUGUAGUAGACAAGUACCAUCCUUCAUUUAUUUUUGCCCUAGAUAUACACAAUAAACUUUUAGGAGAACAGGCAUGUUGUUUCGGGUUAACAUACAAAGCCCCCAAAUGCUAGCUAGCUAGCUACCUAACUUGCCUAUAUAGUUUUACGAGUUGAAAUGAGUUGGCUAGCCAGUUCGAGUUUAAACAUUAUUGAAAGCAUGCUGGCUACAUCCCAUGACUAACUAGUAAGCUAGUAUCCAAGUGCCUGUGGGCUAAAGUUAAAGCUAACUAACAUGAGCUAUGCACAUCUUCCUCUUACAUGCACAUUAGCUUGAUGUACAGUGCCUUCAGAAAGUAUUCAUACCCCUUGACUUAUUCCACAUUUCAUUGUUACACCCUGAAUUCAAAAUGGAUUAAAUUAUUUUUUUCUCACCCAUUUAAACACAAUACCCCAUAAUAAAAAUUGAAUACAGAAAUAUCUUAGUUACAUAAGUAUUCACACCCUGAUUCAAUAUAUGUUAUAAUAUGAAGAAAAAAAUAAAAAUAAAAAUAAUAAUGUAUGCACUCACUAACUGUGGAUAAGAGUGUCUGCUAAAUGACUAAAAUGAAAAAAAUCACCUUGGGCAGCGAUUACAGCUGUGAGUCUUUCUGGGUAAAUCUCUAAGAGCUUUGCACACCUAGAUUGUACAAAAUUUGCCCAUUAUUAUUUUCAAAAUUGUUCAAGCUCUGUCAACUUGGUUGUUGAUCAUUGCUAGACAACCAUUUUCAAGUCUUGCCAUCGAUUUUCAAGCAGAUUUAAGUCAAAACUGUAACUCGGCCACUCAGGAACAUUCACUGUCUUCUUUGUAAGCAACUCCAGUGUAGAUCUGGCCUUACCUUUUUAGGUUAUUGUACUGCUGAAAGGUGAAUUCAACCCCCAGUGUCUGAUGGAGAGCAGAAUGAAUCAGGUUUUCCUCUAGGAUGUUGCCUUUGCUUAGUUCCAUUCCGUUAAUUUUUUAUCAUAAAGAAACACCCCAGUCAUUAAUGAUAACAAGCAUACCCAUAACAUGAUGCAGAAAUAUGCUUGAAAAUAUGGUGAGUGGUACUCAGUAAUGUGUUGUAUGGGGGGCCAGUAUGAAAAAAAAUGUAUGCACUCACUAACUGUAAGUCGCUCUGGAUAAGAGUGUAUGCUAAAUGACCAAAAUUUAAAAUGUAAAUAAAAUGUAAAAUGUUUCUGACUCCUAUCUAUACCACAUAAGCCGUUUAAAUCCAGAGAAGUGUGGUUCUAAGGGGCAGUUGACCUUCAAGACUAUUUAGCCUCUGGUGGGUUAUUAUCUUCAGUACAAAUUAAACCUAAUAUUUGAGCAGACUAAGCAGAAAAUUAACUAUUUGACAAUCAUUCCAACUGAAAUUAGGUAUUUCCUCGUUUACCACACAUAAUCUACUGUGGGAAUUUACUCUACACAUUUUAUUAAUGUAAAGCUUGUGUUGGUUUACUUUUCAUUUCUAAUUUAUUUAAUCCAUUAACAAAGACUUGUCUUAAUACAGUAUGGUCAUUUCUUAUUAAAAAGGAGAAAAUAAAGUAUUCCGGAACUGUCUACAUCUAAAAUUAGGAACUUAAUCAAGCCAAUCAUGAUUGAGUUAAUAUAAUCUAUAUGUUCAUUAAUUAUAGUCUAAUCAAGGUAUGCCAAAUUACUAAUUAUAUUCUGUGGGCCAAACAUAGAUAUUUAUAAUGUACUGUCUUGUACUUUACUGUACUGUACUCUACUGUACAGUAAACUUGAGUAGAGUAUAGUUCAGUACAGUACAGGAAAAUAGAGUAGAGUUCAGGACAGUAGAGGUCAACGCAGUACUCUACUGUACUCUACUGUACUGAACUAUACUGUACUGAACUAUAUUGCACUGUACUCAACUGUACUGAACUAUACUCUACCGUACUCUACUGUACAGUAAACUCAAGUAGAGUAUAGUUCAGUACAGGAAAGUAGAGAUCAGUACAGUACAGUAGAGUAGAGUAUAGUUCACUUCAGUACAGUAAUGUACUCUACUGUACUGAACUAUACUCUACUUUCCUGUACUGUACUGAACUGUACACUGCUCAACUUUACUCGAGUUUCUUAAAAUUAAUUUGGUCUAUAUUCUAACAAUAAAUAUUUGUUAUUAAUUACCAGCCUUGCUAUUUUCAAUGUUCCCGAUAUUUCAUUGGGCCAAGAGUAGAGAACAUAGACACAGCUAUCUGGCAUCUAACUCUUUUGAAACAGUAACAACAUGAUAUCAACUGAUCUGCUAGUUUAUUCUUCUGGGUUUUUGGUUGCAAGCAAGUGUUUUAACAUGCAGAUUAAUGUAAUCUCCUGUUAGUAGCAUUUUAAGAAAUCCAGCGCUAAAUUCUGCCUGUUGGUUGCAAUUGACCCAGUACACUCAGUGGCCAGUUUAUUAGGUACACCACCCCGUUUACAGAAAUGGUUUGCUCCUAGACAGUGAGUCACAUGGCUUGCUAUAUAAAGCAGGCAGACAGGCAGGCAUCGAGACAUUCAGUUACUGUUCGAUUGAAUGCUAGAAUGGGCAAAACGAGUGACCUAAGCCACUUUGAGCAUGGUUCCAGUAUCUCAGAAACAGUGGGCCUCCUGGGCUUUUCACGCACAACAGUGUCUAUGGUUUACCGAGAAUGGUGCUACAAACAAAAAACAUCCAGUCAGCGCAGCAAUGCUGUGGGCGAAAACAGCUUGUUGAUGAGAGGUCGAAGGAGAAUGGCAAGAAUCGUGCAAGCUAACAGGCGGGCCACAGGCAAAUAACGGUGCAGUACAAAAGAACGCACAUAUCGUUAGUCCUUGUCACGGAUGGGCUAUUGCAGCAGACGACCACAUCACACUGGGUUCCACUCCUAUCAGCUGAAAACAAGAAGAAGUGGCGCCAGUGGGCACGUGAUCACAAACACAGGACAAUUGAGGAGUGGAAAAACAUCACCUGGUGCAUUGAAUCCCGGUUCCUGUUGCAUCAUGCUGAUGGCAGAGUCAGGAUUUGGUGUGAGCAGCAUGAGUCAAUGGCCCCAUCCUGCAUGGUGUCAAUGGUACAGGCUGGUAGCGGUGAUGCAAUGGUGUGUGGAAUGUUUCCGUGGCACAUGUUAGGUCCUUUGAUACCAAUUGAGCAACGUUUCCAUGCCUCAAAGAAUUAAGGCUGUUCUGGAGGCAAAGGGACUCCGACCCGGUACUAGAUGGUUGUAACUAAUAAACUGGCCACUGAGUGUAUGUUUAUGUAGAGAGUUGUCAUACCUGUCAGGAAAGGAACUGAGUGAUUGAAUAACCUUUUUUGUUUGUUUGUUUAUCUACCCCCCUAUCCCCCCUCCCCCCCCCCCGGAUCUGUUCUCCCCUCUUGUCUCUUCUACAGGAAAGCCUUCCAGUUGUAUUAUAAGGAAUUUGUAGAUUAUUCCUGUCCGAAAGAGGAUAUUUACCUGGAAUAGCACCCGCCCCGCCUUCCACCACAACCCUGUACGUUACAGUGUAUCAUAACAUAAUGUUGCAUGACGGACAAAACAAUUCUAACAAAUAUGAACUAAUACAUCUGACAAAAAGAUGAAGAAGGAGCGAGAGAAAGAAGGAGAGGUACUGGUGUCUACUGUUUGUCCAAAGAUGUUAAACAGUAUGACGAAUGAACAAGUAAUUGAUCCAAACAUAGUGGAUGUUGAAGAGGGGGUCGCAAAAUAUGCAAAAUGGAGUCACUGAUGAGGAAGUUAAUGUGCCUAUGGUGUCCUCAGGCUGUCCACUCAAAGCACAAUGCUCAGAUCAUAGUGACCUGGACUGGAGUAAUCUAAGACUAAUCUUUGUGGAUUUAGAGCUUGAAUCCCAGGUAGAACACUGGGCUUUGUGGACUUGGUGAACCCCAGAAAGACCAGUAGUUGCUAAGGUAACAGCAAAUGGAGGUCAGGAAAAAAUACAUCAAUAAAUGAAUGAACCUGCCAUAAAAAUCCUAUUAAAUUACUAGUAUUUGAGUAUUCUAAUCCCUAAUUCUAUGGAACCUUUAAUGUUGGUGUGAUACAUUGUGUGAGGGAAAGAGUGAUUCUGCAUGAGCUAAUGGUGCAGUGUGUUUGGAGAGGGUGAUAAGUCCUGUGGCCUAAGGUAACUACAGAUCUAGGAUCAGAUUACCCUACCUCAACCUUUGCAAUUAAGGAGAUGGCAAAUGAUCUGCGCUGUUAUCAGUGGCUCACUCUGUUACUUCUUUUCCAUGUGGUUGCUCCCACUAAAACAAAAACAAGUAAGCAUUAGGGUCACACUGUUGAUCAGGAAUAGUGUCUUUAAUACGCAGCAAAAACUUUGGUAUUCUUUCUGGUACACUCUCAGAACCCUCAAAUAUAUUCACAUUAAGGAAUCAAGAGGAAACUUCUAAAAUGGAGGGUCCUACCAAUAAAAUGUUUUCUGUUCGAAAAUGCUUCAUUUUGUUUGUGCUGAACAUGACCCUAGUUAUUCUUUAAUUUGUGGGAAGACUGAUUCUUGUUAAAUCAUUAAGGGUACACUCCUUAAUUGAAUUACAGUAUUGUAAUUCCAUUACCAGAAACAAAGAGAUGGACUACAGAGUUUCCAGUCAACCGCUUUGGCUUGACUAAAACUAGCUUAAAAGCAUCUGAUUUGCAGGAAGGGUCAAUGUGGACUGCCUCAUCGUUCUUCUCAUGCUCAGUUUCAACAUGAAAUGAGAGUUCAUAUUGAGAGUUCAGAUGGGGUUGCCAUUCAGAUAACUGGGUAUAAGAUAAGGAGGCUUACUCAAGCUGUUACCCUGGUAACAUAAAAGGGAAUGACCUCUGAUCCUCACAAAAAGGACAUGAAAGGUGAAGUGUGUAGGAAAUGGGUGAUGGGAGAUGUAGUUUUAAAGGAAAGCCUCAGUCUAUUACAGAGGUGCUGACUGACUAGGAAGUACAAGGCAGGGGGAGACUGGUGUCUUUUACAAGUAGUGCCUCUGAAGGAUCAUUGUGGUUAUUGCUAUGCCAUUUAGAUUUACCACAAGGUGUGUUGAUAGGAGAGGUUGAAAACAGGCUGUUUUUGUGGAGGAGAUAUGAGUGUGUUGAGAUGGUAAGAAUAGAGUAAAGUAAGACUAGAUCAAGGUUCAACAUAAUAAGAUAGGACCUCACCUCAAAAUGGCCAACCCCUGGCCAGAGGUUUGUUUUUGGAAAUAAUGGCCUGGUCUGAAAUCAGCUAAUCGCUCCUACCCAUUUGGUGCUUGUAGAUUCUCAUGGAACCAGAGGUGUUUGUUAUAUGCGGGAAACCACCCUGAAGUUCUAGGUGGAGCCAUCCCCAUACUGCUUACACCUUUCCAGUCUUCAGAUUUUCCAUCACAGAAGGGGUAGGGUUUAGGGGAAAGGGCAAAUAAUUGUUUUAUGUGGCUUUCAGACACAGUGAUUUCUAACAUGGCUGACACAGAAUUACAUUCUAACAAGAACUUGUAACACAAUGUAUUGUUCUAAGAACUGUAAUUAACUGAACAUUUAAAAAGUUGUGAGAAGGAAUGCUUGUCAAAUGGGUGUCUCUAACUUAUGAAAGCAUGGGAUAUGAAACCACAUUCAUUUUACCACCUGUCAAGCAUAUUCCUAUGAAUAGUGACAUGUAUUUCCAAGUCACAAGUUUAAAUUUAUCUUCAUCAUUCAUAUUUUCUUCUGAGCCAAGAAACAAAGAGCUAAAUUUAGAUCAGAUCCGCCUUAACGCAUGAUAAAUGACAACUGCAUAGCAUAUAAUUGUUUUUGCUUAUCGUGUUGUGUGUUGUAAUAUACACCUCCAUUAGACUGAUAUAAAUCUGUAUGAUUUUCAAUGAGUGUCAUUAUC